AGCUCACUAGUUUGUCGCAACGUAGAUAGAGAUCGACACUGGCGCGGUGGAUUUAGGGUUUUUGUCCUCCGCGACUACGCUCGGCGUUUCGAUUUCGAACCCUAAGCUAUGUGGAACAACAACGAUGGUAUGCCCUUAGCUCCUCCUGGUACCGGCGGCUCCAUGAUGCCGCCACCGCCCGCUGCUCAUCCUUCUUAUACGGCUCUUCCGCCGCCUUCUACUCCUACUCCGCCGGUCGAGCCUACUCCUGAGGAGGCGGAGGCCAAGCUUGAGGAGAAGGCCCGAAAAUGGAUGCAGCUAAAUUCCAAGCGGUACGGCGACAAGAGGAAGUUUGGAUUCGUCGAAACUCAGAAGGAGGACAUGCCACCUGAGCACGUCAGGAAGAUCAUCAGGGAUCAUGGUGAUAUGUCAUCCAAGAAAUUCCGUCAUGACAAACGUGUAUACCUUGGAGCCCUUAAAUUCGUUCCUCACGCAGUUUUCAAGCUCUUGGAGAAUAUGCCUAUGCCCUGGGAACAGGUCCGAGACGUGAAGGUUUUGUACCACAUCACCGGAGCUAUUACAUUUGUGAACGAGAUACCAUGGGUUGUGGAACCUAUUUACAUGGCUCAGUGGGGUACUAUGUGGAUUAUGAUGCGAAGGGAGAAGAGGGAUCGUCGUCAUUUCAAGAGAAUGCGGUUUCCACCAUUUGAUGAUGAGGAGCCUCCACUAGACUAUGCAGACAACUUGCUGGACGUGGAUCCUCUGGAGCCAAUUCAAUUGGAGCUAGAUGAGGAAGAAGAUUCUGCUGUAUACACUUGGUUUUACGACCACAAGCCACUCGUUAAAACAAAACUGAUUAAUGGUCCCAGUUACCGGAGGUGGAAUCUCUCACUUCCAAUUAUGGCAACUCUUCACAGGCUUGCAGGCCAGUUGCUGUCUGAUUUGAUUGAUCGGAACUACUUCUACUUGUUUGACAUGCCAUCUUUCUUCACAGCAAAGGCUCUGAACAUGUGCAUACCUGGUGGACCUAAGUUUGAACCUUUGUACCGCGAUAUGGAGAAAGGGGAUGAGGACUGGAAUGAGUUUAAUGACAUCAACAAGCUUAUCAUUCGUUCCCCUCUGCGAACCGAGUACAGAAUAGCUUUUCCCCAUCUCUACAAUAACCGGCCCAGGAAAGUAAAACUCUGUGUGUAUCACAGUCCUAUGGUUAUGUAUAUAAAGACCGAGGAUCCUGAUCUUCCUGCAUUUUAUUAUGAUCCGUUAAUUCACCCAAUAAGCAACACUAACAAGGAAAAGCGUGAAAGGAAGGUUUAUGAUGAUGAUGAUGAGGAUGACUUCGCCUUACCAGAAGGAGUGGAACCUUUGCUAAAAGAAACCCAACUCUACACUGACACUACAGCUGCUGGCAUAUCAUUGUUGUUUGCCCCACGACCUUUCAAUAUGAGGUCUGGGAGGACUCGCCGGGCAGAAGAUAUUCCCUUGGUGUCAGAGUGGUUCAAGGAGCACUGUCCUCCUGCCUAUCCGGUUAAAGUUCGGGUCAGUUACCAAAAGUUAUUGAAAUGCUACGUCCUGAAUGAGUUGCACCAUAGACCACCUAAAGCUCAGAAGAAGAAGCAUUUGUUUCGAUCUCUUGCAGCUACCAAGUUUUUCCAAAGUACCGAACUGGAUUGGGUUGAAGUGGGUCUGCAAGUCUGUCGGCAGGGAUAUAAUAUGCUGAAUCUGUUGAUUCAUAGGAAGAAUUUAAACUACCUGCAUCUUGACUACAACUUCAACCUCAAGCCUGUGAAAACUUUGACCACCAAAGAGCGAAAGAAGUCACGUUUUGGGAACGCUUUCCAUCUCUGCCGUGAGAUCCUGCGGCUGACAAAACUUGUAGUUGAUGCAAAUGUCCAAUUCCGACUUGGUAAUGUUGAUGCCUUCCAAUUGGCUGACGGUCUGCAAUAUAUUUUCUCUCAUGUUGGCCAGUUGACGGGUAUGUAUCGUUAUAAAUACAGACUGAUGAGGCAGAUUAGGAUGUGCAAGGAUUUAAAGCACUUGAUAUAUUAUCGUUUCAAUACUGGUCCUGUGGGUAAGGGUCCAGGGUGUGGAUUUUGGGCUCCAAUGUGGAGGGUAUGGUUGUUUUUCCUUCGGGGAAUAGUUCCUCUUCUUGAGCGAUGGUUAGGGAAUCUUCUUGCACGUCAAUUUGAGGGGCGUCAUUCAAAAGGAGUGGCCAAAACAGUCACAAAGCAGAGAGUUGAAAGCCAUUUUGAUUUGGAGCUUCGAGCUGCUGUCAUGCAUGACGUCCUUGAUGCUAUGCCAGAGGGUAUCAAGCAAAAUAAAGCGCGGACUAUAUUGCAGCACCUUAAACAGGAACGACAGCACAAUUACCUGAAAGAUGCUCUAUCACGAAUAAAACGUCAUCUUCUCACGCAACGUGGCUUUAAAGAGGUUGGCAUAGAGUUUAUGGAUCUAUAUAGCUACUUGAUUCCAGUUUAUGAAAUAGAGCCUCUAGAGAAAAUUACCGAUGCAUAUCUUGAUCAAUACUUGUGGUACGAAGGUGAUGGGCAGUGUGUGGUGAUGCUCCAAACUAAGUUCGAAAAGUUCUUUGAGAAGAUCGAUUUGACAAUGUUGAACAGGCUUCUUCGUUUGGUUCUUGACCACAAUAUUGCAGACUAUGUGUCUGCCAAGAAUAACGUGCGAUAUCUUACGGAGCAUCCUGAUCCCAACAAUGAAAACAUGGUGGGAUACAACAAUAAGAAGUGCUGGCCACGAGAUGCAAGGAUGAGGCUGAUGAAACAUGAUGUCAAUCUUGGUAGAAGUGUCUUCUGGGACAUGAAGAACCGUCUUCCUCGGAGCAUCACUACUUUGGAGUGGGAGAAUGGCUUUGUCUCUGUCUAUAGCAAGGAUAAUCCUAACCUGCUCUUUAGCAUGUGUGGAUUUGAAAUCCUUAUGUCAUCAGGAUCAACCACCUUUACCAAGAUCGUCAACAAAUGGAAUACAGCUCUAAUUGGUCUCAUGACUUACUUCCGGGAAGCCACUGUACACACACAAGAGCUCUUGGAUCUACUGGUCAAGUGUGAGAAUAAAAUCCAAACAAGGAUUAAGAUUGGGCUGAACUCAAAGAUGCCUAGUCGAUUUCCUCCUGUUAUCUUCUACACUCCAAAGGAAAUUGAAUAUGCGUUAAAGAGGCAGGAAGCCCAGGCCCAAAAUAGGCGUCUUACACUGGAAGAUUUGGAAGAUUCUUGGGAUAGGGGAAUUCCUCGCAUAAAUACUCUGUUUCAGAAGGAUAGGCAUACAUUGGCAUAUGAUAAAGCUCUUGGAGGUGUUGAGGGUAUUCUUGAGCACACGUUAUUCAAGGGGACCUAUUUCCCGACAUGGGAGGGACUUUUCUGGGAGAAGGCAUCUGGUUUUGAGGAGUCGAUGAAAUAUAAGAAGUUGACUAAUGCGCAGAGGGCCAAAUUCAUGGACUAUACAACUGACAAUAUGUCUAUCUAUCCAUCUCCAACAGGUGUAAUGAUUGGGCUUGAUCUGGCAUACAACCUGCAUUCUGCCUUUGGUAAUUGGUUCCCUGGUUCAAAACCUCUUCUUGCUCAAGCAAUGAACAAGAUCAUGAAGUCCAAUCCGGCCCUAUAUCUGUUCCUGAAGGUUAUCCAUACAAGUGUUUGGGCUGGUCAGAAGCGUCUUGGCCAGCUAGCGAAAUGGAAAACUGCUGAAGAGCCUGACAAGUCCGUUGUCACUGAGCCACAUCACAUCUGGCCUUCUCUCACUGACGAUCAAUGGAUGAAGGUGGAGGUAGCACUUCGAGAUCUUAUCCUUUCUGACUACGCGAAGAAGAACAAUGUGAAUACCUCAGCUCUGACACAAUCAGAGAUCAGAGAUAUUAUUCUUGGAGCUGAGAUUACUCCACCCUCUCAACAGAGGCAACAGAUAGCUGAGAUUGAGAAACAGGCAAAGGAAGCCAGCCAGCUUACUGCAGUCACAACAAGAACUACAAAUGUCCAUGAUGACAUAAAGGAAACCGGAUACACCUACAUCAUGCCAAAGAACAUUUUGAAGAAGUUUAUAUGCGUAGCAGAUCUUCGUACUCAAAUUGCUGGAUAUUUAUAUGGUAUUAGUCCCCCGGAUAAUCCCCAAGUGAAGGAGAUCCGUUGUGUUGUGAUGGUGCCACAGUGGGGAAGUCAUCAGCAAGUUCACCUGCCGUCAUCUCUUCCUGAGCAUGAUUUCCUAAAUGAUCUUGAGCCUUUGGGAUGGUUGCACACACAGCCUAACGAGCUGCCUCAGCUGUCACCACAUGAUGUAACCUCUCAUUCCCGUGUUCUGGAGAACAACAAGCAAUGGGAUGGAGAAAAAUGCAUCAUCCUGACCUGCAGUUUCACUCCGGGCUCCUGCUCUUUGACGUCAUAUAAGUUGACCCAAACCGGAUAUGAAUGGGGGCGGCUUAACAAGGACACAGGCAGCAAUCCUCACGGUUACCUUCCCACCCAUUAUGAAAAGGUUCAGAUGCUGCUGAGUGACCGGUUCCUCGGGUUUUACAUGGUUCCUGAGAAUGGACCGUGGAACUACAACUUCAUGGGAGUGAAGCACACGGUGAGCAUGAACUACAGUGUCAAACUCGGAUCCCCAAAGGAGUUCUAUCACGAGGAACAUCGACCCACUCAUUUCCUGGAGUUCAGCAACAUGGAGGAGGCUGACAUUGCAGAGGGAGAUCGCGAGGACACAUUUACUUGAGAUAUACUCACUUUUCUUACCAUGUGUGUAAACUUCCUCCUUUUUGCUGAUUUAGCUUUAUUUUGCGACAGAGAUUGUAAUAUAUUAUACUGUCUUGUGCGUUACUGAGAUAGAUUGUAACGUCCUUAAAUCUUAAAAAGAUGUUUUGCCACUAGAAUGAAGAUCUUGAAUGUGU